UUCGUGGACGAGGCUGUCAGCUGGUUCAUAGAGAAAAUGGCGAUUUUCAGUGUAUAUGUUGUGAACAAGGCAGGUGGACUCAUUUAUCAAUAUGAUAAUCACGUUCCAAGAACCGAGGUCGAGAAGACCUUCAGUUUUCCCUUAGAUUUAGUCUUGAAGAUUCAUGACGAGAAGGUUGUGGUCUCGUUUGGCCAGCGGGAUGGCAUUAGAGUGGGCCAUGCUGUGCUUUCGAUCAACGGCGUUGAUGUGAAUGGCAAGAAUACAUCGGAGGGCAAGGAGAUCCUUGAGUAUCUGAAAGACCCAGCCAACUAUCCUGUGUCAAUCAAAUUUGGCAGGGCCCGCCUGAGCUCCAAUGAGAAGUUGAUGUUGGCGUCAAUGUUUCAUUCGCUGUUUGCAAUUGGCUCCCAGUUGUCACCAGAGGUUGGCAGUUCAGGGAUUGAGAUGUUGGAGACGGAUGCCUUUAAACUGCACUGCUUCCAGACACUUACAGGUAUAAAGUUCAUUGUACUGGCAGACCCAAGACAGACCGGUAUUGAUGCGCUGUUAAGAAAGAUAUAUGAAAUCUACUCAGACUUUGCACUAAAGAACCCCUUCUACUCCUUAGAGAUGCCAAUCAGAUGUGAGCUCUUUGAUCAGAAUCUGAAGGGUUCCUUGGAGGUUGCAGAGAAAGCUGCUACCUUUGGGCCUGUGUCUUGAACUGGAUCAAGAGGGGAUGAAGUACCUCGGCCCUCACAAAGGAAGAGUUGGUGUACCUAGUCACAGCAAACAUGUCCUCUCCAGCCCAAUGAACUUUUUCUUUUUAUCAUGGAUUUAGCUUGUCGUUGUUGAAAAAGAUGACAAGAAUGGUGAGCUGGGAACUUGCAUAUACCUAGGAAACUUUGUCCUUCAAAUGCUGUUAGAUCUUGACAACGUUUAGGGGCAGUGGUGCCUGAUUAAGGUAUGUUCCCUGACUCAUUGCUUUGCCUGAGAAAGUCACCACAUACAGGCCAUCGAUGUUCGUACUGAGGAUGGCUUGUGCCGAAACUUUUCACAUAUUGUGUGGCAUGAAGAAACGUCACUUUAACGCAGAAUAAUAUUCUGUUACUUUUGUACAUAAUAUAAUAAAUCAUAAUAAUAAUCA